AUUUAAAGGUUUGUUUUCUUAUCAUUAUUUUUUAUAUAUAUUUUUUAUAAUUUAUGUUAAAAUUAGUUAUUACAGUCGAUAAUACAUGGUAGUAAAGUUUCGUUGAGUAUCCGAUGAAUCUGUUCGCAUAUAUUUUAUCUUCUUUGACCUAUGUUACUGAUUAAAUAUUUAAAAUUAAAAACAACUAAGUGAAAAGCGAAAAUAAACCGGCAAAUAUAGUUAAACUUGCGAUAUGUUGUGGUCACUUUUAAAAUUAAUAUUCUUCGGUUCUGUUUAUUUCAUUUCCUCGAGUUAUUACAAAUUAACUAAUUUUUUUAAAUCAUUACGAUUGUCGGUUACUUUGAGAUUAUUAGAUAUAACAAAACAUAUAAAUAACGUGGUCAGUACAUCUAAAGAAGAGGAUCUUCAGAAAGCAGAAAAUAAGUCGAAUGGCAAUAAAUGUAUAUCGCAAUCAAAACGAAAUAAACCUCAUCAAAAAUUGAAAAAAACAAAUGAUGAUCCUGUAUUUAAUACAAGUCUAGAAACACCUAUAGAGGAGAUAAUUGAAGAAACGAUUAAUGAAGAAGUAAAAAUCAACAAGAAAAAGGGAAAGAUUUCAAAACAAUCAACUAAAACAGGGAAAUUAUCUAAAAAGAAUGUAAUCAAACCAGAACCUGUGGAUAAUACUAGUGUUAAUAUCAGUACAGUUAGUAAAGUCACUUUAGAAAAUAAAAUAAAAAAGUCUACCACAGUAGAUUCUAUAAAAGAAAGUCGAACGGAAGACGUGGGUUUUUCAUUUUUACCCAUAAAAGAAAAGGGAAAAAAAUAUAAAGUUCAAAGUAGCACAAAAUACGAAGCUCGAGUUGAUGCUAUAACAAAAAAAUUUGAAUACACGUCUGGGAAAAGCAGUGAAGCUUUAGUUCCUAAAAAAGAUUUAACCAUUGAAAAACCACAAAGUCCUGUUUUUUCUAUUAUACCUACGGUAGCUGAAAAACGAUUAAUAUAUGAAACUUCUAUAAAAAAUAAAUAUAAAGAAAGUAAAAAAGUCACCUCUGGAGUAUCAUAUGCCAGUAUAGUUACGAAUAGUGCAAAUAAGGCUUCUUUAGAAUAUAAUCUGAGCAGUGAUGAUGCCAUCAAUUUGCAACAAGAAUCAGAUCUAGUUAAAACAGAAGCUCAUAAAGAAGAAACAUUUGAUCUCAAGUCAGAGAAGAGUGAUCAAAUAACUUUCGAUUCACUUGCAAUUUCCGAAGAAAAUAAAUCUGAGAUAUAUGCGAGUUUUGAAGAAGACAAUUCUAAUUUAAAUAAUGACAAUAAUUCUUCACUCGAUUACAUAACUGUCUCAGAUUAUCUAUUAGAAACUGAUAUUGGGAAUUGUUCUCCUUAUAGUUUCGAAGAAACUUACGUACAACACAAAAAAUCUUUCAAUAGUAGCGACUUUAGUGACCUUUCACAACCGAUUAGUUCAGUUGAACAUUCUUUUACUGAUCUAGUCGAUAGUUUUUCAACUAGCACUAAUAUUUAUCAAUCUGCAGAACAAUUUGAAGCCAGUACUGAAAAUCCUGUAAAUUUAUUAGAAAGAUUUGAUCAAGUACAUGAGGAUUUGGAUCAUAAAAGGGAAGAAUACAUAAUAAAGAGUGCGGUAUCUGAAGAACUGUUUGUUGAAAAUUGUUUAGAAAGUGAAAAGUUUAUAAGAGAAGAAAUUAAUUUCGGUCGUAGGGUGUGGCCCUUUUAUAAUCACGAACCAACUAUUAACAGUGAGGAAUUUGAACUACUACUUGUUGAUAUAAAAGAAAAUAUUGUGCGAGAGGAUCAGUACAUAAAAGAAGAACAAGAUUUCACACAUAUAGUGAAUACUGAAGGGCUAAAAUUGGAAGAUUUCGUUUAUAUAAAUACAGAAAACGAAGAAACUUUAACUAAUGACAAAAUAAUAUUAAUAAAAAAAGUUUUACAUCCAAAUAAUAGUAGUUUUACAGAAGAAACGAAUAGUUUUAAACAAGAACAAGAUUUCAAUAAUCCAUUAAUAGAUUCUUGUAGCGAAAUUGAACAGGAAGUGAAUAAAAAAUCUAAGGAAGACAUUUCUGGUGUUGGAAUAUUCGAAACUAUGCAGCAGAUCAGGGUAUUAACAUUAAAUGAUUGUGAACAUCGAGAAUCUACUUUAUAUAGACUCGAAAAAAAUUGGAUAAUACAGUUUCGUAUUGGUCCUUCUCUAUUUGGAAGGAAAGUUUUCUUGUAUUGCAAUUAUCCUUCGAAAACGAAUGGGAGUUUGAACGAAUUUAAUAGGAAUAAAUAUCAAAUUUUGGAAUGGGUUACUAAAGAAGGAAGUGAGAAUGCAGAUGAUACAGCGCUAUUUACAGAGAUAAAGGUCGAGAUAGCGGGUAGCUUCCAUUAUUACUUUGCUUAUGAAAAAGGGGAAACUGUGGAAAAACAAGGUUCUGGAUAUUUUUUGGUGGAUCCCGUUUUAAUGUACGGUAAUGAUGAAGAUUUGCCAUUGGAUUGUAUACAAUGUCAGACGGUUUUGACUAAGUGUUUGGGAUCAUUUUCAUCCUGGGAAAAAAAAUUACGAGUGGCAAAAGAAUCUGGUUACAAUAUGAUUCAUUUUACACCGAUUCAGGAAUUAGGGGAAUCAAAUUCUUCCUACAGUCUUAGUGAGCAGUUGAAAUUGAAUCCAAUUUUUAAGAAAGAUAAUGGGAAAAUGCCCACGUUCCAAGAAAUCGAGCAAUUUAUUGCCAAACUUAGGAAUGAAUGGAAGGUUACUUCAAUUUGUGACAUUGUCUUAAAUCACACAGCCAACGAAAGCAAGUGGAUUAAAGAACAUCCCGAUGUUACUUAUAAUUGUGUAAAUUGCCCCUAUAUGCGCCCCGCUUAUUUACUCGACGCUGCAUUCGAUUUCUUUUCUUCAGAAAUCAAAAAAGGAUUUUAUGAAGACAGAGGUAUACCAUCUGAAAUUAACAACGAAGAUCAUUUGAACGCCAUUCGUCAUCAUUUCAAAACAAGCAUUUUAGAUAUACUAAAACUAAACGAAUUAUUUAUUUGCGAUACGAAUAAACUAGUUGAUGAAUUUUUAAUAUUAGCUCGCAGUAACCAACCAAAUUCGUUGAAAUGUGACUCAAACUGUAACAAUUUAAAACUUAUCCAAGAUCCGGAAUACAGAAGACUAUCGAGCACCGUAGAUAUGGAACUGGCUCUAAAGUUAUAUAACCAUUUUUGGAACGACACUUUCGAUGAAGAUUCCAGAUUAAAAAAAUGCGCAGAGAAGUUUAAAAAUAAAUUAGACGAAUUGAAUAACGAAAAGUCGAAAGAAAUUAAUGAACAUCUUGAUGUAGCCGUAGAAAACGUUAUCGCUGGAAUUAGAUAUUAUAGAGUACAGCAAGACGGACCAAAAUUUAAGGAUAUUACUCUGAAGACACCGCUCGUGUACAGAUAUUUCACUGAUUACGGUCACCCUAAGUCUCUGCAAGAUUUCGAAAAAAUUAUGUACAGUGAUAAAGGUAGAUUUUUGAUGGCUCAUAAUGGUUGGGUCAUGAACUCGGAUCCACUAAAGAACUUUGCUGCUUCGGAUUCAAAGGUAUACUUAAGACGAGAACUUAUCGCCUGGGGGGAUAGUGUUAAACUCAGAUUUGGGGAUAAACCAGAAGAUUCUCCAUUCUUGUGGAGUCAUAUGAGGGAAUAUGUCGAACAAACAGCAAAAAUAUUUGAUGGCAUUAGGUUAGAUAAUUGUCAUUCUACCCCUAUACCAGUUGCCGAAUACUUACUGGACUGCGCAAGAAGAAUAAGACCUAACCUCUAUGUAGUCGCCGAGCUGUUUACCAAUUCCGAUAUGACUGAUAACAUUUUUGUUAACAGAUUAGGUAUAACUUCCCUUAUACGAGAAGCCAUGUCGGCAUGGGAUUCCCACGAAGAAGGUCGUUUAGUUUACAGAUACGGUGGCUCUCCAGUCGGUUCAUUCUAUCAGCCCAACGUACGUCCUUUGAUACCCUCCAUAGCACACGCCCUAUUUCUGGAUCAAACUCACGACAAUCCCACACCAAUUGAGAAACGAUCAGUAUUUGAUUUAUUGCCUAGUACGGCCCUUGUCAAUAUGGCUUGUUGCGCCAGUGGAUCUAACAGAGGUUAUGAUGAAUUGGUGCCCCAUCACAUCCACGUCGUUGAUGAAGAUAGAGAGUAUACAGAGUGGACACCAGAUACGGGAAGUAUAUCUGUGAGAUAUGUCACAGAGGAAUCCGGAAUUAUAAAAGCCAAAAAAGCAAUUAACGAUUUGCAUUUUCUGCUUGGUAAAAAAGGCUUCAAUCAGGUAUAUGUGGAUCAAAUGGACACAGAUAUUGUAGCGGUAACGAGACACUGUCCAGUGACACACCAAAGCUACAUUUUAGUAGCAUUUACAGCAUUCGGACAUCCGAAUGAAGAAGCAGCGAGUUAUCAAAGAGGAAUUAAACCUUUAAGAUUCGAAGGGGUUCUAGAAGAAAUCGUUGUUGAAGCCACCCUCAGUCACAUUAAUCAUAGGUCUGGCGGAUCCAAAUUUGCCAAAUGGGGAAAGUUUGUGAAAGAUUCCAAAUGGAUACAUGGUCUUUCCGAAUACCGAGUAUCUGUUAAGCAGCAUAUCCAAAUUUCGGAAUCGGAUAUUUUCGAAAAAGUCGAUUCGGGAAAUCCAAACGUUACAGAAUUGAAAUUCAAAAAUUUCAAACCGGGUUCGAUCGUUAUAGUAAGGACUUCAUUGCCUGAAACUAUGAGCGUUGCUGUUAAUUUCAUUAGAAAUUUGAUAAAAUCAAUUUCGCUCGGUGAUGAGAAGGAAUUGACGGAAAUAAUUGGGAAACUUACUUUAGCAGAUAUGAACAGAACGUUAUACAGAUGCGAUCAAGAAGAAAGAGAUGAAGGGUUUGGGUUUGGUACAUAUAAUAUUCCAAAUUUUAGUUCAACGGUAUAUGCUGGUUUUCAAGGUUUUAUGUCCUUAUUGGCGAAUAUAAGACCGAAUAAUGAUCUUGGACAUCCAAUGUGUGCAAAUUUGAGAGAUGGAAACUGGAUGAUUGAUUAUAUUUGGAAAAGACUGAAACUCGAUGUAGGCACCAAAGACCUUGGUGAGUGGCUCGAAAGGAACACAAAAUCUUUUGGAAAUGUUCCAAGAUAUCUGGUACCUUGUUAUUUCGACAUGAUAGUUACUAAUGUAUAUUUAGCCUUAUUAGACAAAUCGUACAAAUUGAUGUCCAAUUUUGUUAAAAACGGAUCAACUUUCGUUAAAGGACUAGCACUAGGGUCAAUACAAUUCGGAGGAUAUAUUAAAUCUGCAAAUUUACCCACUUUAUCUCCUAAUUUAGCACCUCCAAAACCACCAACCAGAAAACAUGGCGACGAAACUGUACAGGCAUGCGUAACAUUAUCUGCAGGUUUACCUCACUUUUCUGUUGGUUACAUGAGGAAUUGGGGUAGAGAUACAUUUAUUGCUCUAAGAGGUCUCUUUAUUCUAACUGGCCGUUACCAAGAAGCUAGAGAACACAUUUUAGGUUACGCAGCAUGCUUGAGGCAUGGAUUGAUUCCUAAUCUAUUAGACGGAGGUCGAAAUUCAAGGUUUAAUUGCCGUGAUGCUAUUUGGUGGUGGUUGUAUUGCAUUAAGGAAUAUGUAAAUGAAGCUCCAAAUGGUAUAGAAAUCCUUUCGGAUAAAGUUUCUAGGAUAUUUCCCACUGAUGAAGCUCAGAACCAACCUCCAGGGGCUGUGGAUCAACUUUUAUACGAUGUUAUGCAAGAAAGUUUAAAAGUACAUUUUCAAGGGUUGGCUUUUAGGGAACGAAAUGCCGGUAGACAAAUAGACGAACAUAUGACUGAUCAAGGGUUUAAUAAUCAAAUUGGGGUACAUCCAGAAACUGGUUUCGUUUUUGGCGGUAACAAGUGGAAUUGUGGAACUUGGAUGGACAAAAUGGGAUCUUCUGACAUAGCCGGCAAUCGUGGUAAACCUGCUACACCUAGAGAUGGUUCGGCGGUUGAAAUAAUAGGACUUUCUAAAUGUGUACUAUCCUGGUUAGGUAUAUUAUGUGGCGAAAACAAAUAUCCUUAUGAAGGUGUACAAAGGGUUCAUAAGAAUGGUACUAUAACAAAGUGGACGUUCAAAGAAUGGGCUAACAAGAUACAAAAUAAUUUCGAAAAAUAUUUUUGGAUACAUUUGAAACCAACCGAAGGGGAGUUAAGACCAGACUUAAUAAAUAAGAGGGGUAUUUACAAGGAUUCCUUCGGAUCUAGUGCAGAAUAUACAGAUUUCCAGCUUAGAUGUAAUUUUCCAAUAGCUAUGGUUGCUGCACCGGAACUUUUUACUCCAAGUCGCGCUUGGGAAGCUUUGAAGCAAGCCGAAAAAUAUCUAUUAGGACCUUUGGGUAUGAAAACAUUAGAUCCAGAAGAUUGGGCUUAUAGAGGUGACUACGACAACUCGAAUCAAUCUAAUGAUCCUACAGUGGCUCACGGUUUCAAUUAUCAUCAAGGUCCUGAAUGGGUAUGGCCAGUAGGAUUUUUCUUAAGAGCAAAAUUGUACUUUGCUUGCCAAAAUGGGGCUUUAAAAGAAACCGUUGCAAGUACAAAGGUGAUACUUUCCAAGCAUUUUGUCGAGUUACAAACUUCAGAUUGGAGAGGGCUUCCAGAACUCACUAAUCAUAACGGUGCUUAUUGCAGGGACAGUUCAAGAACUCAAGCAUGGAGUAUGUCUUGUAUACUUGAGGUGUUACAUGAUUUGAAAAAAUUCGAGUCUAAUUUAGAUUUACUUUCUAACUGACUUACCACCACGUUGGAGGCUAAGAAAAGUAAAUGGAUUGUACAAAGUGAUGGUUACGAAAACGAAAAAUUCUCAUCUUCGAAAUUUUGUAAAAUUUUAAGAAGGCAAAAGGUUUACGCAGAGGUGGAAGAUAUUAUAAUAAUGGAUCACGUCGACAAAAAUCGAAUUACUGAUCAAUCUAAAAAAAUACUCAAAUCUUCCUUGUUCAAUAACCAUUUUGAACCAUUCAGCGACCUCUUUUUUAAAUAUAAUCAAACAUUACCUGGAGUUUUAGUUAGUUUUAAAGAUUUUAAACAAACUGAUGAUAAUUUUUUGAUAAGCAACUAUUCUUCUAAUAAUUCAUUUAAUUACGUACCUUUUUACAACUUUAGAUAUACUUUAGAAGAUUUUCCCAUGACAGAAAUUUAUUCGUCGAAAAAUUAUUUCCAAAUAUUUAAAAAUACUAAUUUUAAAACGUCGAAUAGCUAUAAGAUUAGUCCUAGAACUAGUUUAUCAAAAAGGAUUACAGAUCAAAAUCUUGAUGAAAUCAUCCCGAUAGAUGAAAAUCUUUCUAGUCAAAAUCAAGAAAACGAAAGAAAUGUAUUAUUAUUAAAUCCUCUUCUAUUAGAUCUUAACGAAAGAAGAAUGAAAUUUAGAAAAACUAGAACAGAACAUAAUAAAAUUGUCCGUAUCACCAUAAUAUAUGUAAUGUCUUUUUUCGCUCUAGCACUGAUCACGUUUUUCAGUUUGUAUUUGUUAUAAAAAUGUGGUUUACAUGGUUUUUAUACCCCAGAAAAUUAAACAGAAGAAUAAUGUCACAUCUGAUAUAAAACUUGGUUAAUGAAAACUUAUUUUUAUCCCCAAAUUCCUUAUAAAGUUCUUUAAAAACCUUUAAAUCUUGAUGAAAACUCUCCCCAUAUUCACCACUCAUAUUUUAGAGGAAACAAUCAAAUGUGAAUACAGGAAAUGAUUAUUAUGACAUAUUCACUCUUAUAUGUUAGAAAUUUUCUAAUAAGUUUCAACAUAUUCAUAAUUUUCACUUGUUUUAUUUCCCAAAACCUAUUCAAUGACUUUAUCACCGUCGAUAAAAGGUCUUCAAAUUGAGGAUCUUUUGUUUAGUAAAUAAAACAUAUUGAAAAUACAAAAUAAAGAAGAAAAGCACUUUCAAAAGAAUCUAUAAUGGGUACAAUAUUUUUUUGAAAACUUUAGUUUAUAGUAGUUUAUAAAAAAUUUUAGGGGUUCAUAAAAAUGUGUAAACUAGUGUUAUUAAUAAUGUUUUAAUUCAUUUAUUUGAGGUUUGUUUCAUUUUAUGCAUGUUAUAUUUUGAAUCUAUUUAAUAUAUGAUAUUAAAGUUCGA